AUGUCUGCCGGUCUCAAACGGAACAUCAACAACAAUGUGGUCGACACCGCCGCCGACCGGAAAUGGAGCCCGGAAGUCCACACGAAAAUAUUCAUACCGCCCAUCGGCGUCACGGAACCCCGACCGAAAUUCACCAAAGCAGAAAUCGGCGCUACGACCACUCAACAAGAGCCGCGGCGGAAGUACGUGACGACGGCGGUCUGCAGCAGCGGAAGUGACAGCAGCGACGGUGGAUGUGCGGGUGGUGGUGGUGCCGUGGGAAGGGGCCGCCGGCAUCCGGUGUCGCGGAGCGGUUCGUGCCGUGGCCAGCCGCAGACGUUGUCGCCCAUGUCGGCCGGGGCGCUGUCGCCCAGCCUGCGGUCGCUCGGCGUGCCGGGCUCGCCUUCCGCGGCCGCGAUGGCCAUCGGCUCGGCGAACCACAACCCGACGAUGUGCGCGUCGGCACACAACCAGCACCGGGACGCGUCGCCGCUCCGGUCGUGGUCGGACGCCGUGUCCGUCCGGUCACUGGCGUCCAUCGGCAUGGGUUCGACGGACGGCCGGAAGCUGACCAUCGCCAAGAUGCCCACGUCGCCCGCGGAACUGCUCAACUUGGCCAGCCCUCAAACGUAA